AUGGGUUAUAGCGACGUUGAGGGCGCGCCUGACGGUUGUGCAGCUGCAUGCUUCGAAGGGGACCGCUCCUCCAUCGAGACCGGCAAGGGCUACCAAUAUGUCGGGGCAUCUAUGGGGCAAUAUUCCGUCUCCUCUGACAUGGUAUGGGUCGGCAGAGGAAUGGGGGAUUGGGAGAAGAAGGAGGCGACCAAGAAGGGCUCAAGUGGCCUUGCUUGGUGCGUGCCGUGCCUCAUGCUGGCGGCGCUUCUCGCCGGAUUGGGCCUUUUGUGGUGGUUCUUCUCGCAUCGCACGCCUGUGGGCGCAGACGACAUCGAGCCCACUUUGAACUGCUACGAAGGAUACCAUGACUGGAAGAACCUCUGGACUCCGGAGAAGCAAGCCGCCUGUUGCGAUCAGUACGGUCGUGCGUGCCCCCAUUACCAUGUGGAGCGUGACGUGAUUCACAAGGAAGUGCCCUAUCCUGUUUCCUCGCCAACGCACUACCACUACGUUUCCGUCCCCGUCCCUUCCCCAAGCCACGUUGUCUACAAGACCCGUUACAUCCCGCCGGCACCAGUCGUGCACCACUUUGCCUACAAUUGCCAUGCCGGCUACUCGAACUGGUACUUCGGCUGGUCGGACCAUAAGAAGGGAUGGUGCUGCACUCACGAGCAUCGUGGGUGCCCCGGCACCUGGCAUGGAAGCUACCACCUGAACAUGCACGUGAUGCACGGCAUUGGCCAUGCUCAGGGGCACAUCUAUGACUGCGACGCCGGAUUCUCCAACUGGAUGCAGGGCUGGUCGGACUCCAAGAAGGAUUGGUGCUGCUCGCAUGAGCAGAAGGGCUGCGUCAAGUACCACUGCACCGGGGAAGAGCAUACCUGGCAUGCGGCCAAGUCGGAGUGGUGCUGCGCGCACUUCCAGAAGGGCUGCCCCCAUACGACGAUGUCUCCGAUGAAGUGCGAGACGCCCUGCGAGAUCCACGGAGAGACAGACACGUGCAUGAACCGCAUCCAUUGGACUCGUGACCACGUCUUCGGAGACAAGGAAGACAAGUGCGCUCUUGCCUACAGCAAGGUGCAGGUGGAGUGCGACGUGUGCCGAUCUUGCUCCAUCGAGGAGGCGGGCUGUGAAGUGCACAUGUCGGGCUCACUACCCUUCGACUGCAAUGCGGCCAUCAACAACUUCUUCAGGGCUUGGUCCCCGGAGAAGAAGCACUGGUGCUGCACCAAGCAGGGAAAGGGCUGCGAGGGCCACCACCCACCCUCGGUCGAUGCCGGGUAUGGCAUGGCCUGGAAGCACGUCCAGGUGAACGGCUACUGGACGUGGACGGCCGUGCACGGCCACGGCCACGCCAGCCUGCCCUACGACUGCCAUGCCGGCAUGGCCAACUGGCACACCGGCUGGUCUCCGGGCAAGAAGGGCUGGUGCUGCACCAACCAGCAGCUGGGCUGCGAAGGCGGAGCCGCCGGAGGUGCCGGAGGAGCCGUGGCAGGAGGCAGCGUCGUCGUCCACCACGUCGUCCACCACGGUGGUGGCUUUUACAACCACGCGCAUCCCCCGUCCGCUGCGGGCAGCGGCAUGAUGUGGAGCUGGAGCACCGCCGGAGGCGGAGGCGGACAUUGGGUGCAAGUCGGCACGCACGGGCACCUGCCCUUCGACUGCUUGGCUGGCGUCGCCAACUGGCAAGCGGGCUGGUCCCAUCCCAAGCAGGUCUGGUGCUGCAACCACUUCGGCAACUCCUGCGCCUGA